AACCGCUGCUGGAUCCUGUUUCUGAGCAAACAUCUGCUCAUCUGUUUCACGAGACACUUCUGAUUCCAGGACGUACGUCUGAAAGAAGAAGAAGAAGAAUGAGUCCUCCCAGAAAGAAACUGGGAGAACGAGAGGGACUCAAGCAUCACCGCUGUGAGCUCUGUGAGAAAUCCUUCACAACAGCUGGAAGCCUGAAGGUUCACCAAUGGGUUCACACUGGAGAGAAACCGUACAGCUGUGACCAAUGUGGGAAAGCUUUCACCACGGCACAGGUCCUGAGACAACAUCAACGUGUUCACACUGGAGAGAAACCGUACAGCUGUGAGCAGUGUGAGAAAACUUUUUCACAAAGAGGUCACCUUGUUGCUCACCGACGCGUUCACACUGGAGAGAAGCCCUACAGCUGUGACCAGUGUGGGAGUGAUUUCACCACGGCAAAGAGCCUGAGACAACAUAAACUAAUUCACUCUGGAGAGAAGCCGUACAGCUGUGACCAGUGUGGGAACGCUUUCACCACGGCACAGGUCCUGAGACAACAUCAACGUGUUCACACUGGAGAGAAACCGUACAGCUGUGAGCAGUGUGAGAAAACUUUUUCACAAAAAGGUCACCUUGUUGCUCACCGACGCGUUCACACUGGAGAGAAGCCCUACAGCUGUGACCAGUGUGGGAGUGAUUUCACCACGGCACAGAGCCUAAGACGACAUCAACGUGUUCACACUGGAGAGAAACCGUACAGCUGCGACCAGUGUGGUAAUACUUUUUCACAAAGUGACCACCUUAAUGUUCACCGACGUGUUCACACUGGAGAGAAACCGUACAGCUGCGACCAGUGUGGUAAUACUUUUUCACAAAGUGACAGCCUUAAUGUUCACCGACGGGUUCACACUGGAGAGAAGCCCUACAGCUGUGACCAGUGUGGGAGUGAUUUCACCACGGCACAGAGCCUGAGACGACAUCAACGUGUUCACACUGGAGAGAAACCAUACUGGUGUGAACAAUGUGGGAAAACCUUUUCACAAAGUGGUGACCUUAAAGUCCACUUACGAGUUCACACUGGAGACAAACCAUACUGGUGUGACCAGUGUGGGAGUGAUUUCACCACGGCACAGAGCCUUAGACGACAUCAACGUGUUCACACUGGAGAGAAACCGUACAGAUGUAGCCAGUGUGGUAAUACCUUUUCACAUAGUGACCACCUUAAUGUUCACCGACGUGUUCACACUGGAGAGAAACCAUACUGGUGUGAACAAUGUGGGAAAACCUUUUCACAAAGUGGUGACCUUAAAGUCCACUUACGAGUUCACACUGGGGAGAAACCUUACAGCUGUGACCAGUGUGGGAACGUCUUCACCACGACACAGAGCCUGAGACAACAUCAACGCAUUCAUACUGGAGAGAAACCGUACAGCUGUGACCAGUGUGGGAACAUUUUCACCACAACACAGACCCUGAGGCAACAUUAUCGUAUUCAUACUGGGGAGAAACCGUACAGCUGUGACCAGUGUGGGAGCGCUUUCACCAUGGCAACGACCCUGAGACGACAUCAACGCAUUCACACUGGAGAGAAGCCGUACAGCUGUGACCAAUGUGGGAAAGCUUUCACCACGGCACAGAGCCUGAGAAACCAUGAACGUAGUCAUACUGGAGAGAAACUGUACAACUGUGAUCAAUGUGUAAAAGCUUUCACCACAUCACAGGGCCUGAGACAACAUCAACCCAUUCACAUUGGAGCAAAGCCGUACGGCUGCUACCAAUGUCGGAAGGCUUUCACCACAGCACAGAAUCUGAGAGAACAUAUACAAGUUCACAUGGGAGAGAAACCGUACUGGUGUGAACAAUGUGGGAAAAGGUUUUCUCGGAGUAGUCACCUUAAAGUGCACCAACGCAUUCACACUGGAGAGAAACCGUACUGGUGUGAACAAUGUGGGAAAAGGUUUUCUCAGAGUAGUUCCCUUAAAGUUCACCAACGCAUUCACACUGGAGAGAAACCUUACUGGUGUGAGCAAUGUGGGAAAAUGUUUUCUCAGACUGCUGCAUAUUUAAAGGUACAUUUCCGCAUCCAUACUGGAGAGAGACCUUACAGCUGUGACCAAUGUGGCAAAACUUUCAAUGAGAUGCAGAACCUGAGAAUGCAUCAACGCAUCCAUACUGGAGAGAAACCUUACAGCUGUGACCAAUGUGGCAACACUUUCAGUAAAAUAAAUAGCCUGAGAAUGCACCAACGCAUCCAUACUGGAGAGAAACCUUACAGCUGUGACCAAUGCAACAAGUCCUUUGCUCAAAAGAGUGCCUGGAGGACCCACACAAAUGGUCAUACUGGAGAGAAACCAUACAGCUGUGACAAAUGUAACAAGUCCUUUGCUGCACAGAGUUCCUUGAGCGUCCACAAGCAUGUUCAUACUGGAGAGAAACCAUACAGCUGUGACCAAUGUAACAAGUCCUUUGCUCAACAGAGUAAUCUUGAAGUCCACCGACGCAUUCACACUGGAGAGAAGCCGUACCCCUGUGACCAAUGUGGGAAAACCUUUACUCAGAGUUCUCACCUUAAAACUCACCAACGGGUUCACACUGGAGAGAAACCCUAUAUGUGUCAUCUCUGUGACAAAUCCUUCACAACAGCUGGAAGUUUAAAGAUACAUCUACGGGUUCACACUGGAGAGAAGCCGUACAGCUGUGACCAAUGUGGGAAAGCUUUUACCUGGACACAGAGCCUUAGACAACAUAAACUAAUUCACUCUGGAGAGAAGCCGUACAGCUGUGACCAGUGUGGGAAUUAUUUCACCACUGCACAGCACCUGAAACAGCAUCAACGCAUUCACACUGGAGAGAAGCCAUACAGCUGUGACCAGUGUGGGAACACUUUCACCACUGCACGGGACCUAAAACGGCAUCACCGCAUUCACACUGGAGAGAAGCCAUACAGCUGUGACCAGUGUGGGAAAGCUUUCAAUCGGGCAGGUAACCUGAAACAACAUCAACUCAUUCAUUCUGGAGAAAAACUGUACAGUUGUGAUAAGUGUGGGAGAGCUUUCAACAACUCACCGAACCUGAGACAGCAUAAACGAAUUCACACUGGAGAGAAGCCGUACAGCUGUGAUCAGUGUGGGAAUUCUUUCACUCAGGCACGUCACCUGAGAAGGCAUGAACUCAUUCACACUGGAGAGAAGCUGUACCUCUGUGACCAGUGUUGGAAAGCUUUUUCCACGGCAUGUAACCUGAAAAAACAUCAAUAUGCUCAUACUGGAGAGAAACCGUACAGCUGUGACCAAUGUCAGAAAACCUUUGUCUCCACAGAUAAUCUAAAAUGCCACAGACGUGUUCACACUGGAGAGAAACCGUACUGGUGUGAACAAUGUGGGAAAACAUUUUCACGAACUGGACGCCUGAAGGUUCACCAAUGGGUUCACACUGGAGAGAAACCGUACAGCUGUGACCAGUGUGGGAACGCUUUCACCACGACACAGGGCCUGAGAGAACAUCAACGCAUUCACACUGGAGAGAAGCCAUACAGCUGUGACCAGUGUGGGAACGCUUUCACCACGGCACGGAGCCUGAGAAAACAUCAACGUGUUCACACUGGAGAGAAACCGUACAGCUGUGACCAGUGUGGAAGUACUUUUUCACAAAGUGGAGGCCUUAAUGUUCACCGACGUGUUCACACUGGAGAGAAACCGUACAGCUGUGACCAGUGUGAAAAAACUUUUUCGCGAUUGAGUCACCUUGUUGCUCACCAACGUGUUCACACUAGAGAGAAGCCCUACAGCUGUGACCAGUGUGGGAACGCUUUCACUACGUCAGGGAGCCUGAGACAACAUCAACGUGUUCACACUGGAGAGAAACCAUACUGGUGUGACAAAUGUGGGAAAACUUUUUCACAAAGUAAUAACCUUGAUGCUCACCGACGUGUUCACACUGGAGAGAAACCGUACUGGUGUGACCGAUGUGGGAAAACAUUUUCUGAGAUGAGUAUCCUUAAAAAACACCAACGCAUUCACACAAAAGAGGGACUCAAACAUCACUGCUGUCAGCUAUGUGACAAAUCCUUCACCACAGCUCGAAGUUUAAAGCGUCAUCUACAGGUUCACACUGGGGAGAAACCUAACAGCUGUGACCAGUGUGGGAAUGUUUUCACCACAACACAGAGCCUGAGACAACAUCAAUGCAUUCAUACUGGAGAGAAACCUUACAGCUGUGACCAGUGUGGGAACACUUUCACCACACCACAGACCCUGAGGCAACAUUAUCGCAUUCACACUGGAGAGAAACCGUACAGCUGUGACCAGUGUGGGAACGCUUUCACCAUGGCAACGACCCUGAGACGACAUCAACGCAUUCACACUGGAGAGAAACCGUACAGCUGUGACCAAUGUGGGAAAGCUUUCACCACGGCACAGAGCCUGAGAAACCAUGAACGUAGUCAUACUGGAGAGAAACUGUACAACUGUGAUCAAUGUGGAAAAGCUUUCACCACAUCACAGGGCCUGAGACAACAUCAACCCAUUCACAUUGGAGCAAAGCCGUACGGCUGCGACCAAUGUCAGAAGGCUUUCACCACGGCACAGAAUCUGAGAGAACAUAUACAAGUUCACAUGGGAGAGAAACCGUACUGGUGUGAACAAUGUGGGAAAAGGUUUUCUCGGAGUAGUCACCUUAAAGUUCACCAACGCAUUCACACUGGAGAGAAACCGUACUGGUGUGAACAAUGUGGGAAAAGGUUUUCUCAGAGUAGUUCCCUUAAAGUUCACCAACGCAUUCACACUGGAGAGAAACCUUACUGGUGUGAGCAAAGUGGGAAAAUGUUUUCUCAGACUGGUAACCUUAAAGUACAUUUCCGCAUCCAUACUGGAGAGAGACCUUACAGCUGUGACCAAUGUGGCAACACUUUCCGUCAAAUAAAGAACCUGAGAAUGCAUCAACGCAUCCAUACUGGAGAGAAACCUUACAGCUGUGACCAAUGUGGCAACACUUUCAGUCAAAUACGGAACCUGAGAAUGCACCAACGCAUCCAUACUGGAGAGAAACCUUACAGCUGUGACCAAUGCAACAAGUCCUUUGCUCAAAAGAGUGCCUGGAGGACCCACACAAAUGGUCAUACUGGAGAGAAACCAUACAGCUGUGACAAAUGUAACAAGUCCUUUGCUGCACAGAGUUCCUUGAGCGUCCACAAGCAUGUUCAUACUGGAGAGAAACCAUACAGCUGUGACCAAUGUAACAAGUCCUUUGCUCAACAGAGUAAUCUUGAAGUCCACCGACGCAUUCACACUGGAGAGAAGCCGUACCCCUGUGACCAAUGUGGGAAAACCUUUACUCAGAGUUCUCACCUUAAAACUCACCAACGGGUUCACACUGGAGAGAAACCCUACCACUGUCAGCUCUGUGACAAAUCCUUCACAACAGCUGGAAGUUUAAAGAUACAUCUACGGGUUCACACUGGAGAGAAGCCGUACAGCUGUGACCAGUGUGGGAAAGCUUUUACCACUGCAAAGCACCUGAAACGGCAUCAACGCAUUCACACUGGAGAGAAGCCGUACAGCUGUGACCAAUGUGGGAAAGCUUUUACCACUGCACAGCACCUGAAAGGGCAUCAACGCAUUCACACUGGAGAGAAGCCGUACAGCUGUGACCAAUGUGGGAAAGCUUUCACCUGGACACAGAGCCUUAGACAACAUAAACUAAUUCACUCUGGAGAGAACCCGUACAGCUGUGACCAGUGUGGGAAUUCUUUCACCACUGCACAGCACCUGAAACAGCAUCAACGCAUUAACACUGGAGAGAAGCCAUACAGCUGUGACCAGUGUGGGAACACUUUCACCACUGCAUGGGACCUAAAACGGCAUCACCGCAUUCACACUGGAGAGAAGCCAUACAGCUGUGACCAGUGUGGGAAAGCUUUCAAUCGGGCAGGUAACCUGAAACAACAUCAACUCAUUCAUUCUGGAGAAAAACUGUACAGUUGUGAUAAGUGUGGGAGAGCUUUCAACAACUCACCGAACCUGAGACAGCAUAAACGAAUUCACACUGGAGAGAAGCCGUACAGCUGUGAUCAGUGUGGGAAUUCUUUCACUCAGGCACGUCACCUGAGAAGGCAUGAACUCAUUCACACUGGAGAGAAGCUGUACCUCUGUGACCAGUGUGGGAAAGCUUUUUCCACGGCAUGUAACCUGAAAAAACAUCAAUACGUUCAUACUGGAGAGAAACCGUACAGCUGUGACCAAUGUCAGAAAACCUUUGUCUCCACAGAUCAUCUAAAAUGCCACAGACGUGUUCACACUGGAGAGAAACCGUACUGGUGUGAACAAUGUGGGAAAACAUUUUCAAAACGUAAUUCCCUUGAUUCUCACCGACGUGUUCAUAAUGGGGAGAAACCGUACUGGUGCGAAAUAUGUGGGAAAAAGUUUUCCUGGAUUGGUACCCUUAAAACACAUCAGCACACUCACACAAAGUCUUUCUAAGUGUUUUUAGAGCCACGCCAGCUGCUUCAUGCCUCCUCUCCAUGUACUGUGUUGUUUUAUUCUGAACUUCUCUCUGAAACUAAAGACUGACAGCAGUAACUGAGUCUGACUGAGGUGGUUUGAUCCAGUGAGGAGGAAGAGGAGAUGAAUAAACAGAGACACAAAAACACUCCAGAGUUCAAACUUAGACUGAACAAGCCUUUAUUCUUGUGGAAUUAUGAAAAAAAAUCAAAAUAUCAUUUUAAACAUUGAUCUAUUGUUACUUUCAUUCUCAGCAUCAACAUGGUCAUUAUUAUUAAUGAUCUGACACCAGUAACACAAUAAAUAUCAUUAAAACAUGCACAGCCUGUAAUCGGUGCUGGAAUGUAACUCAUCACAUUUGUUCAAGUACUGUACUUAAGCAACGUUUUUUGGGAGUCGUAAGUUGAAUAUUUCCAUUUUAAAUCACUCUAUACUCAUUAUGCACUACAUUUAACUGGCAUCUUUAGUUAUUUUACCAGUUGAGAUUUAACAUGAAUUUUUUUUAAAUGUUCAAUUAUUGAAGAUUCUUACAUGAAUCCAGGAUUAAAAAACUGGAAAAAAUACAUUUUUUAUC